CGCAUGCGCAGUUGGCAGUUUGGCGUUUGGUGAGCGCUGAGGUGACGUGUUUGUGGUGGAGGUCCCAUAGUAUUGGGUUAUUCAUAGUUUAUAUUGCUAGAGGUGUGGAACUACAAGUCUCAGCGAGUCUAUAAGACUAGAAGAUGACUGGACGAGCCAGGGCCCGAGCCCGCGGUAGAGCCCGUGUCCAGGAGCAGGCCCCGGUGGGACCACCUGGACAGGUGCAAGAGACUCAAGUCCCCAGAGCUACAGAGAGACCACAGCCACUAGCACGACAGACGGCGUCUGAGCCUUUGCUUGUUGGAAGAGGAAGGCAGAGAGGUCCACCAGCAGUGGAGAGACCCCCAGCUGAUGUUCAACAGCUUUCAGCCGGAUUUCAGGAUAUAUCGCUCGGAGAACGAGGGGGACGUAGACGUGACUUUCAUGACGUUGGGGUGAAUACACGUCAAACUAUAGAACAUGUGAAAGCUUCCAAAACCGGUGUUUCUGGGAACACCAUUCAGCUUGUGACCAACCAUAUCAGACUGAUCUCACGACCUCAAUGGGCCUUGUAUCAGUAUCACAUUGACUUCAACCCCCCAAUGGAGGCCAGGCGUUUGCGCACCGCCCUACUAUACCAGCAUGACGAAAUCAUUGGGAAAGCACGUGCGUUUGACGGAACAAUUUUAUUUUUACCAAAAAGACUGAACAAGGUUACUGAGGUGUUUAGCCAAACCCGGAAUGGAGAGAAUGUGAAGGUGACCAUUACCCUGACGAAUGAACUUCCACCGACGUCACCAACCUGCUUUCAGUUCUACAAUAUCAUUUUCAGGAGAGUUCUGAAGAUACUGAACAUGAAGCAGAUUGGACGCAACUAUUACAACCCAAAUGAUGCGACAGAAGUCAGAGCUCACCGUCUCGCCAUCUGGCCUGGUUUUUCUACGUCAAUCUUACAGUAUGAAAGCAGCAUCAUGUUGAGUAUUGACGUCAGCCAUAAAGUUCUCAGGAAUGAAACUGUUCAUGACAUGAUGACCAAUAUCUAUUCCUCAUGUGGACCUCAGAGAUUCCAGGACAUCUGCAUCAAAGAGCUUGUCGGACAGAUUGUACUAACCAGAUACAACAAUAAAACCUACCGUAUAGAUGAAAUAUCCUGGAACAUGACUCCAGAGUCGUCUUUUAAGAAGGCUGAUGGAAGUGAGAUUACCUUUCUGGAAUACUAUAAAAAUCAAUACAAUGAAAACAUUAAAGACCUGCGCCAGCCUUUGAUAGUGAACAUCCCGAAGAGAACCAGGCCCGGUGUUACUAAUGCGGCCAUUGUUUUGAUACCAGAGUUAUGUAACCUAACAGGCCUGACUGAAAGAAUGAGAAGCGAUUUCAACGUCAUGAAAGAUCUGGCUGUUCAUACCCGCUUACCACCAGACCAAAGGGAGCGAACAGUGGCAAAGUUCCUGGACCACAUCCACAAGGAUGAUAGUGUACAGAAAGAGCUCCGUGACUGGGGUCUGAACUUCGAUGCCAAACUUCUGCAGUUUACUGGGAGAGUUGCACCUCCAGAAAGAAUUCUGCAAAGCGGCAGAGCUGCAGAGUAUAACCCACAGUUUGCAGACUGGUCAAAAGAAAUGCGAGGACCUGUGCUUAUCAGCGCCCGGGAUCUGAAUAACUGGCUACUAGUUUACACCCGGAGAAAUUACGACGCAGCAAAUGCCCUCCUUCAAAACAUGUUCAAGAUCACACAACAGAUGGGCAUCCGCAUGAACCGGGCCGUGAUGGUGGAAAUCGAGGACACAGUAGGUGGCUAUCUACAAGCCUUCCAGCAGAAUAUUACAGACCACACAGAGAUGGUUGUCUGUGUCCUGUCCAGUAAUAACAAGAUGAAGUACGAUGCCAUUAAGAAAUACCUGUGCUUGGACGUCCCUAUUCCCAGUCAAUGCGUCAUUGCCAGAACCUUAAGCAAACCCCAGACUGUACUUUCUGUCUGCACUAAAAUUGCAUUACAGAUGAAUUGUAAAUUAGGAGGAGAGCUAUGGAGUGUAGAUAUACCGCUGGACAAGAUGAUGAUCAUUGGGAUUGAUAUUUAUCACGACACCCUGCAGGGGAAGAGAUCAAUUGCUGGUUUUGUUGCAAGCAUGAAUAAAGGCAUGACUCGUUGGUUUUCUCGAUGUGUUGUCCAGGACCAGAAACAAGAAAUUGUCGAUGGCCUCAAAGUUUGUAUGCAAGCUGCGCUCCAUGCCUGGUAUAAGACUAAUGGCACUCUGCCAAACCGGAUCAUCAUCUUCAGAGAUGGAGUGGGUGACGGCCAGCUCAAAACCAUGGUGAACUAUGAGGUCCCACAGUUCAUGGACUGUAUAAAGUCUGCUGGGAAGGAUUACAGCCCGAAACUAACAGUGGUUGUGGUAAAGAAACGAAUAAACGCCAGGUUCUUUGCUGUUUUGGGAGGUCGGCUCCAGAACCCACCACCAGGAACAAUUGUUGACACUGAAGUCACCAGACCUGAAUGGUAUGACUACUUUAUAAUCAGCCAGUCUGUGAGACAAGGGACGGUCUCCCCGACACAUUACAAUGUUGUGUUUGAUAACGGAGGACUGAAGCCUGACCACAUGCAGCGGCUUACCUACAAGCUGUGCCACCAGUACUAUAACUGGCCGGGUGUCAUUAGGGUACCUGCCCCAUGCCAGUACGCCCACAAGCUUGCCUUUCUGGUCGGGCAAAGCAUCCACAGAGAACCACACACUUCCCUGUCCAGCCUCCUCUACUACCUGUAGCUUUCUCAUAGUUUGUGGCACUUAUAGAAGAUGUAGGGAUGAGGUUAUUGUUCAAUACCUCAUACUUAGGUUACUAGGUACUGAAACUAGUUACUAGUUUUUGAAAAUGUAUGCAAAGUCGGAAAAAGAGAAAGUAGUGGAAACAACCAACGCUAGCUGUCAUUUUGUUUUCAGGUUGUGGUACAAAGAGGGGGAGAUUUAUUAAAACCUUCUAUAAAGGAAGAGUACAAUUGCCUAUAGCAACCAAUCAGAUGGCUUCUUUCAUUUGUACAAGGACCUCGGAAAAAUGAAAGAAGCAAUCAGGUUGCUAUGGGCAACUGCACCACUCUUCCUCUACACAAGUGUUGAUAAAUCUCUUCCAGUCAGCAUGGUGAGUGGUGGUGGUGGGCUGUCUGUAGAGGCCCCCACUGAUCACUAGAAUGAAUGGACUAAAGUGCUUGCUUGUCCCUUCGUUUCUGCUCAGCUUUCCUCGUAAAGCAGAGUGCAUGGAGGAGCACAUAUGCCAUGACAGUCUCUGCGUAUCUUUACGAGCCUGUUAGUGUUCUUACUACAUGUACUUGGCUUUCCAAGGAAAGCCUAGCAGAAACAAAGAGAAGGCUACAUUCACAUCACAAUUCAGGGAUAGGGCCGCUAGAUCAGGCGGAGAAUUUGAUAACCGGCUGCUGCCAUAUCCCAGACGGACCCUUACCAUGCCCUAUUCAUUUCAAUAUUCAACAGGUGACGACUUCCAAGGGGCGGUGGG